CCCGCGACUCCCCCCUCCCCGCCGGACGAAAAUUCUUUUUCUCUUUCUCUCUCUCUCCCUCUUCCCCCUCCCCACAACCCGCUGUAUUUUACUACCUUUCCCGUCGUUAUUACCAUUCAUUCGAUCAACUCACACUUCAUACAUCCUCGCGUCAUGUCGCAUCAAGAGGAUAGCAAGGCGAACGAUGCCGUCAUCUCGGUCAAUGUCAACGACUUUACCAAGACUCGCGACAAUGUGAUCACCAGCCUCGUGAACCUGUCGCGGGCCGUCACAGAGCUCCAGGCCGCUUACAUCAACCACACCAAUUCCGUCCUGAACCGGGACGCGCCCCAGUUCGAUCUGGGCACCUUCAACCUCAGUCUCCACGACUCCGGUCUGCUGGGCGCCUUGGGUCUCCCGCGUGCCUCGUCCGAGGGUCCCGGUGACAAGAAGAAGCGCAAGCGCGCUCCCCCCGACCCGAACGCCCCCAAGCGCACCCUGACCCCGUUCUUCCUGUACAUGCACAACAACCGCGCCAAGAUCGCCCAGGAGCUGGGCCCGUCUGCUCGACCCAAGGAGGUGUCGGACGAGGGCGCUCGCCGCUGGGCGACCAUGCCCGCGUCGGAGAAAGUGCUGUACAAGAACAUCUACGCCGACAAUCUGGCGGCCUACAAGGAGAAGGUCAAGGCCUACAAGGCCGGAAAGUCGUUUGCCGACGAGAAUGCGCAGGCCGCCAACCAGCUGCAGCAGGAUGUCGAGGGCGCCACGCCCUCGGACGACGAGGCCUCGUCGUCCGAGGAGGAGGAGGAGGAGUCUCCUGAACCGGUCAAGGAGCCCACUCCCCCCCGCAGCGGCAAGCGUCGCCGCAGCGAGGCCGCCAAGCCCGCUGCGGCCACCCCCAAGGAGGCCUCCACCCCCGCCAACAAGAGGGCCUCUCCCGAGAAGAAGAGACGGGGACCGGCCGCCAAGAAGGAUGAGGAACCGGCUUCGACGCGGAAGACUCCGGCCACUGAGAACAAGCGGGCUACUAAGAAGAAGCGCAAGAGCGAGGCGGGUGAGAACUAAGAAUGUUUUUUUUUUUUUUU